CUGCGGGGGAUCGUAGAGUCCAGCCACAGAUUCCGGCCGCAGGACCCUACCCGUUACCCUUCUGAAGUACAGGAGUGAGGAGAAGGCGAGGCGCAGCCGCGGGAAGUUCCCGGCCGCUGCCCACAGCUCGGUCGUGGUGUCUGUGACGUCAUCACCUUUUGUGGGAGGCGGGGGCCGGGAGACGAGAGCGGCGCCUGGUCGCGGAGACCCGGACCCGACCGCCCUAGAGUACCCAGAGAAGAUCCUGGUGGUGGGCGUGGCUAAAUCUGCGAUGGGCGGGGCUUCUGCGUAUUCAGCUGAAAGCCUGUGUUGGGAGUACAUCAGCCCUGGUUUUCUGCGGAAGGGCACUGUCAAGAUGGAGUUUCCAGCCCAGUGAAACCAAGGACCAGACCGUGACCCCAUAAAGCAUGAUCUCCUUCUGUCCAGAGUGUGGCAAAAAUAUUGAAGCAGCUUUCAAAUUCUGCCCCUACUGUGGAAAACCUUUGCCUACAGAGGAGCAUGCAAAGUCCCCAACCUCUGUCAGACCACUUGUGUCAUCCUUUCGAGGCUCAAAGAGAGAGAGUAACUGCAGUUCUGAAAUCUCUCCCAAGAGAGUGAAAUGGUCAAACAUUGUCAUCUCUUCCCAGUCAUCCCUCCUCUGUGAUGGUCGCAAUGCUGAGUCUGAAGAUGCCGUGAGUUCUUCUGAGAAACCCAAAGGGGCCAGGAGUGGACCCCCUUCCCCCAGAAGCAGCCCACAGUCCACCAGGCGAAGCCCUCAGACGCUGAAACGGAGCCGGGCAACCACCUUGCUUGAGGCUUUGCCCUCAGGGACAGAACUGACGGACAAGAACGGGCAGCGCUGGAGGCUGGGAUCCCUGCAGACCAGGGACGACCAAGGCAUUCUCUAUGAAGCUGAGCCUGCCUCUGCCCUCCCCUGUGAGUCAAGCUCUCAGCAACACCAGUUCUCCCUCAAAUUGGAUGCCAAAGAUGGGCGCCUAUUCAAUGAGCAGAACUUCUUCCAGCGGGCUGCCAAGCCUCUGCAAGUGAACAAGUGGAAGAAGCUGUCCUCGACCCCACUCCUGGCCAUCCCCGCCUGUAUAGGUUUUGGCGUUCACCAGGACAAGUACAGGUUCUUGGUGUUUCCCAGACUGGGGAGGAGUCUGCAGUCGGCCCUGGAUACGAGACCGAAGCAUGUGACCUCAGAGAAGUGCGUGUUCCAGGUGGCCUGCCGGCUGCUGGAUGCCCUGGAAUUCCUCCAUGAAAAUGAGUAUGUUCAUGGAAACCUGACAGCAGAGAAUAUCUUCGUGAAUCCAGAGGAUCUGAGCCAAAUGACCCUGGUAGGCUACGGAUUCUCCUUCCGCUAUUGCCCAAGUGGCAGACACGUGGCCUACACAGAAGGCAGCAGGAGCCCACACGAGGGGAACCUCGAGUUCAUUAGCAUGGACCUGCACAAAGGAUGUGGGCCUUCCCGCCGCAGUGACCUCCAGUCCCUUGGCUACUGUAUGCUGAAGUGGCUUUACGGGUCCCUGCCGUGGACAAAGUGCCUUCCCAACACCGAGGAGAUCAUGAAGCAAAAGCAGAAGUAUCUUGACAACCCAGAGCUACUCGUGGGACUGUACGGUCACUGCAACAGGUCCUCAGAGGCCCUGCAGCAGUACCUGAAGGUGGUGAUGGCCCUCAAGUAUGAGGAGAAGCCGCCCUACGCCAUGCUGAGGAACGGUCUAGAAGCCCUGCUGCAGGAUCUGCAGGUGUCAGCCUAUGACCCCCUCAGCCUCCAGAUGGUGCCCUAGGCCAAACCCAGAACUUGCAGCCUGCAGUUUGAUAUAGAAACGAAGCAAUGUGAGUCAAGGCCUGCUGUUUAAUCACAGAUGAGAAUCUAGAAAAAUCCCUGGAAUGUGCAUCCCCGCGCCUCCCGCCCCUUCCGCAGUGCUGACUAGUUCAGGCAGCCCCCAGAUAAUGUGAAGCUCCUCCUCCGCCCUCUCAGCAGCUGCCGGGCUUGUGGAUGAAGACCCCAGCUCUUGGCGAGCUGGGCCCUCACGAAGACCCUCCUGGUCCCACUGUGCUUUAGUAACAAGUCAUUUUUUUGACCAUUCAA